GUUCCGUGGAUAUAUAGAGGAGGGUUUCCGCUGCUGAGGGAACACUUCUCUUUGUUCCGACUUUAGAGAGCAUCUGAAAAAUGAGUGGCCGCGGAAAAACCGGUGGCAAAGCCAGAGCCAAGGCAAAGACCCGCUCCUCCCGUGCUGGGCUCCAGUUCCCAGUCGGCCGUGUCCACAGGCUGCUGCGCAAAGGAAACUAUGCACAGCGUGCCGGUGCCGGCGCCCCCGUCUACCUGGCGGCUGUGCUGGAGUACCUGACUGCUGAGAUCCUGGAGUUGGCUGGAAACGCUGCCCGCGACAACAAGAAGACCCGUAUCAUCCCACGUCACCUGCAGCUGGCUGUCCGCAACGACGAGGAGCUCAACAAGCUGCUGGGCGGAGUGACCAUCGCUCAGGGCGGCGUGCUGCCCAACAUCCAGGCUGUUCUGCUGCCCAAGAAGACGGCUAAGGGCUCUCUGGUCCAGACCAAAGGGACCGGGGCCUCCGGCUCCUUCAAGAUGAGCAAGAAGGCUGCCGAACCUAAGAAGGUCAAGAAGCCGGCCAAGAAAGCUGCUCCUAAAGCCAAGAAGCCCGCAGCGGCCAAAAAGCCCAAGACAGCGGCAGCUAAGAAGCCAGCAGCCGCUAAGAAGUCUCCCAAGAAGGCCAAGAAACCCGCAGCGGCCAAGAGCCCCAAGAAGGCUGCAAAGAGCCCGAAAAAGGCCACCAAGAGCCCCAAGAAGGUGGCCAAAAAGGCCCCUGCAGCCAAGAAAGCCCCCGCAAAGAAGGCAGCCAAGCCCAAAGUCAAGAAAGCAGCAGCCAAGAAGAAGUGAACUGUCCUCAGUCUCAUCAACAAACUACUCACUAAAAGGCUCUUUUAAGAGCCACCCACACCAUCCAUAAAGAGCAUUUCCCCAUUUAUUAUUUCAAUACAAUAAAAGAAGAAGGAGAAAAAAGCUAGUGUUAGAUUAAAUAUUUAUUAUGUAUAGCUACUGAAUAUUAAUAUUUUAUGGACUAAUUACAAAAGUAAAAACAAACCUCCAAGAGCUAAAUGUUCUUUUCACAUCUUAUCACAAUUGAUAU